AUGCCAGAGACGUCUCCUGAAGCAGAUGCGCAUCCCGAUCACCAACCACCAGAGACUGCCGCGAAUUCGAGCUCGACAGAUCUUCGCCUCAGUGGCCCUGGGAGGGUCUACCCUCUGCGAUCGAUUAUUGCCCCGACGCACCCUUUAGCACUACCCUACCGAUCCUCUUCAACGUCGAGCAGUUCACCACAUGCUCACAGCCUGUGCAACGAAAAACCCGAGUUGAAGGACCGGGAUGAGCCCUUGGAGCAACCGCCCGUUAGUCAGCCGGGCACCCCGCCCGAGCAACGAUUCUUGUCAUGUGACUCUCCAAAGCAACAACUACAACAUCAACAAUCACCACCGUAUUAUCAGCAGCAGCAGCAGCAGCAUCAGAUCGACGGGACUGGAUCGAUAACCCCUACCAAGUUAUUUGACCAUGCCUCAGGCUCGGAAGGACUAGACCAUCUGAAUCUUGAGAAUCUCGGCUCACUCACUCCCUCGUCCUCACACCGAAGAUAUGACCCACAGGACUCCGACGAGGACAGCCUCGCAACCACCAGCACCACCAAGACCCUCCAGGCGUGCGAGGACGAGCCGAUACACAGACCUGGGGCCGUGCAAUGCUUUGGGGCGUUGGUGGUCUUAGAACAGGUGGAUGAGGGGACGUUUAUGGUGCAAUUGGCCAGUGAGAACUCCGAGGCUAUCAUCGGGCAUUCGCCGCAGAGUCUUUUCACCUUGAACAGUUUCUCCGAUCUGUUGCGCAACGACCAGGAUGGGAUUCUCCGCGAUCAUGUGCAAUUAACCGAGGACGACCAGUGGAGUCCGGCCGUGGACGGGCCGGAGAUCUUCAAAUUAUCCAUCAACGACCGACACGGCCAUCCCCAGCGGUUCUGGUCGGCCGUUCACCGCAACCCAGCGCACUGGCACCUGAUCAUCUGCGAGUUCGAGAGCGAGAUUGAUCGUCUCAACCCAGUCAACACAGCCGGUCAGACUCUGCCCGCCAAACCUACCCAUAUCCUGGGAUUCGAGCCCACCGCCGAUCAAAUAGCAAGCAGCACCGUCAAGAUCAGCCAACCGUUACGGUUGCUACGAAACAGACGCAGGAAGCCGGGCGAGAUGGCUUCGAUGGAAGUCCUCAACAUCAUUAGCAAGGUCCAAGAUCAGCUGGGUAGGACGCAAGACCCGGAUACGCUGCUGAAUGUCUCCAUCGGGCUGAUCAAGGAGCUGACUGGUUACCACCGCGUGAUGAUCUAUCAAUUUGACCACGAGAAUAACGGGAAUGUUGUUGCAGAACUGGCCGAUCCACGAUUCUCCAAGGACAUUUUCAAAGGACUUUCGUUCCCGGCCGCGGACAUCCCCCAGCAGGCCCGGGAUCUCUACAAGAAGAGCAAGGUCCGGCUUCUGUACAAUCGCGAUCAUAUCAACUCCCCUCUAGUAUCGCGAGACCUCGAGCAUGCACAGGCUCCGCUGGAUAUGACCUAUGCAUUCCUGCGGGCGAUGUCACCUUAUCAUCUAAAGUAUCUAGCUCGGAUGUGUGUCCGCUCCUCGAUGUCUAUCAGCAUUAACGAUCACGAAGAUCUCUGGGGGUUGAUCAUAUGCCAUUCCUACGGAGAGCACGGCAUGAGAGUCCCCUUUCCGGUCAUACGCCUGACCAGGUUGAUUGGCGAUUCGGUGUAUCAGAAUAUCAAGCGACUCUCCUGUAUGUCGCACCUGGAGGCCGGCAGUCCCGCCAACCAGGCGGCUGCGUCCGAGAUCCUGAAACAGGACAGCCACACAUCCGAAGCGUUGCUUAAACUGUUCGAUGCAGAUUUCGCAGCUCUUUCUAUCCGAGGACGAACGAGUAUACUCGGCGAGUCAACUGACUUCCAAGAAAUCCUCGCUGUGAUCGAAUAUUUCCGGUCGAAGAAGCUUGACUCUGUCGUGGCUUCUAACUAUGUCAUACGAGAUUUCCCUGACUUGCACUUUCCUCCUGGCAUUCAUGCCGUCUCAGGUGUCAUGUAUGCGCCUCUCUCCCUGCACAAGGAGAAUUUCAUCGUCUUCUUCCGCCGUACGCAGAUGAAAGAUAUCCGAUGGGGUGGAAACCCGUAUGCAAAGCCGCCCAUGCAGCCUCGCAAGGAUUUUCGGGUCUGGCGAGAGACGGUCGUGGACCGGUCUCGGGAGUGGACUACGUCGCAGACCGAUAAUGCAGCUGUCUUGAGUAUGGUCGGCUCUCAAGUGUCGAGCGACUGGCGAAUGGAAACGGAACCCCCUUCGUCGUCUAGCCAGCAUGCCAAGUCAGGCGAUGAAAUCCGAAGCACACUUAACACGAUCAUGAAGAACCUUGGGGUGGUUCUGGGAGGCUCGUUUGACUCCGAAUUCCAAGACAGCAUCACCCGUUCCUAUUCUGCCUCCAAAUCCCUCCUCUACGUGAUCAACGACCUCCUAGACCUCACGAAGGAUGAAGAAGGAUACAACCUUAUCAAAGAUGAAGCGUUCGAUAUUUCAUCCUGCUUUCACGAAGCCACCAAGAUGUUCGAGGCCGAAGCGCAGCGCAAAGGGCUUUUCUACAAAGUCAUCCAUGAACCGGGUAUCCCGAAGGGCGUGCUCGGCGAUGAGCGGCGCGUGCGCCAGGUGAUUUCGAACCUCAUCUCCAACGCCGUUCAGCAUACCUCCGAGGGAGGGAUCACCGUCGAGAUGUGGCGGGACACGGUCACCCCUGCGCCGGGGCGGGCUAUCAUCAACAUCACCGUGGUCGAUACCGGGUGUGGCAUGUCGUCGGACAAACUCGACAUGCUUUUCUGCGAGCUGGAGGAGAUCUCGACGGAGCGGAAGAACGGCGGUGCCACCGAAGAAAGCUCGACCGCGCUGGAGCAACCGCACAAGAAACAUGUUCUGGGAGUGGGACUUGCCUUGGUUUCGCGGAUUGUCCGCAACUGCUAUGGGCAGCUUGUGGUUCAUUCCGAAGAAGGCAAGGGCAGUCGAUUCGCAAUAUCCCUUCAGUUCGAUACCGGGUAG